GGUGCCGCCCGCCCAGCCGGCUGGCGCCUCCCGUCUGCGGCCUGCCGCCGAGCCUCGCGGGGCCGGGCGAGUCGCUCGCGGGACGAUGGCGCGAGGCGAGGCCGCGGCGGGGCUGCUCCUCUGCGCCGCCUUGCUCCUGGCCGCCGGCGCCCGGGCGGAGGAGGAGGAGGCCGGCGGAGGCGCCGGGCGCCCGGAGCGGCGCUCCUCCUGCCACGGCGCCUUCGACCUCUACUUCGUGCUGGACAAGUCUGGAAGCAUCAAACACCACUGGAUAGAAAUCUAUAACUUUGUGGAAAGUCUGGCGGAAAAGUUCCUAAGUCCAAUGUUAAGGAUGUCUUUCAUCGUCUUUUCCUCACGAGGAGUCACAGUGAUGAGGUUGACGGAAGACAGGGAAGUCAUCCAGCGGGGUCUUGCCAUUCUUCGACGCGAAAUGCCCGGAGGAGACACGUUCAUGCAUGAAGGCUUGAAAAGGGCGAAUGAACAGAUUUACCAAGAAAAUCAUGGAGGACUCCGAACAGCGAGCGUGAUCAUUGCACUCACUGAUGGGGAGCUGCAAGAGGCGCAGUUUUAUUAUGCCGAGAAAGAAGCCGACAGAGCAAGAGCCCUGGGAGCGAUUGUCUACUGUGUUGGCGUGAAGGACUUCAACGAGACCCAGCUCUCAACCAUCGCGGACAGCAUCGACCAUGUUUUCCCCGUGUUGGGAGGUUUUUCUGCUCUCAGAGGCACAAUUGAUUCUAUUCUGAAGAAAUCUUGUAUUGAGAUUCUGGCAGCUGAACCGUCAAGCAUCUGUGCCGGAGAAUCCUACCAAGUGGUGGUGAAAGGCAAUGGCUUCUAUCACGCAAGGAACCCUGAGCAAGUGCUCUGCAGUUUCAAGAUCAACAGCACAGUAACACUCAAUGAAAAGCCGACCGUUGUUCAAGACACGUACUUACUGUGCCCUGCUCCCGUGAUGGAAGAUGCUGGACAGGUGGUUUACCUGCAAGUCAGCAUGAACAGCGGCCUGACGUUCGUUAGCAGCUCUGUCAGCAUCACCAGCACACGUUGCCUCAGCGGAACGGUCCUUUUCAUCGCACUUCUAAUUCUCCUCCUGCUCCUGGCCUUGGCUCUUCUCUGGUGGUUUUGGCCUCUCUGCUGUACCGUGGUCAUCAAGGAGCCGCCGCUGCCGCCACCCCCGGAGCCGGAGUCAGAUGACGAAGACGGACUGCCAAAGAAAAAGUGGCCGACGGUGGACGCGUCUUAUUACGGAGGGAGAGGCGUUGGGGGCAUCAAGAGAAUGGAGGUGCGAUGGGGGGACAGAGGAUCGACGGAGGAAGGGGCAAAACUGGAGAAGCCCAAAAAUGCUGUCAUCAAGUUGCCAGAACAAGAAUACGAGCCGUGGGAGCCCAAACCAAAGAGACCUCAUGUGCAGCAGCUGCCCUCCCAGAGGAAAUGGUACACCCCAGUUAAGGGCAAGCUGGAUGCCCUGUGGGCUCUGGUGCGGCGGGGGUACGAUCAAGUCUCUCUUAUGAGACCACGACCAGGGGAGAAGGGACGAUGCAUGAAUUUCACUCGGGUGAAAUCAGAUGGGACAGCUGUUUCAUACAGUCCUUCUCAGAAGCCAUCGAAGCACCACAACCUCUACAGCGCUGUCCCAGACUCAUCCUCUCCGGGACCAACACAACCUCCUCCCUGCAGGCAGCUCCCUCCAGGGCCUCCCCCUUCCAGACUCCCCCCAGGGCCACCUCCGUCCCGCCCUCCACCUCAACUUCUGGCUUCCGGCAUGUGAAUCCCAGAGCUUUGCAGAGCAUGGCGUAUUUAUUCCAUCUAGAUUCACUGUCAGAAUUUGUUGCUGGUCAGCAAAAGCACAAGUUGCCAGGUGUCAGUUUAAGUAGCAAUAUUUAUACGAUUAAAGUGCCCCGACGAUUUUGGAACUGCUGGGUACGACAAAAGAAAAUGAAUACAUAGGCAGUAGUUACAAUCUUCAUAGUUACAAUAUGCAUUUUAAGCAGUUCGCACACGAUGACCUCACUGUGUUUUGUAUGUCAGAUGAAAAUGGCUACCUGCAAACGAGCUGAGGAAUGGGGUGGUGUGGUAGUUUCCUGUGGCAACCAUACUAGCAGUGCUGGCUGUGGCACAGCUAAAGAGGAGGCCCUGCUGUGUGGAUUCACUGCCUCAGGAGGAAAGCAAACACAGAAGUGACGGAUGCUGGUGAAGAAGAUGUGCAGCCACAGAAUUUGAAGAAUACGAAAAAUACGAAAUAUCAAAAAACGCUUUGGGAGCCUGUGUUCCAUUUCAGAGGGAGACCGAGAAACUAGAGGGCAUUCUUAAUUCAGAGGAAUGACGUGUUUCAACCCCCUCCCCAUGCCUGUAAUCGUGUCAUGGCGCAUGCAUCCAACCAGCACUUCCCUUUAUUCUAAUCCAGUCUUGCCUCCCUCCAAUUUCACUAACAGAAAGUAGUGGAGGAGGAUGGGGUGGAGAAUAUCUCCCCACAGGUAUUGUGUGAAUUGCUGCAUACUUGGUACGCAUGUAGAACGAGAGAAAUGCAUGUACAUCAAGACUCACCUCUCCACUUUACUACAUCAUGCCACACCCCUACAGGGUGCAUUGUGUGCCCAUGGGAAUGGAUUUACCUGCAUUGUUGUUUACCUGUGUAAGGCUCCAGAAGUCGCUGUGCAUGUGCCUUGCUGCCUCAGGAUAUUCUGGAAGUGAAAUGAAUUUUCGGGGAUAUUGGCAGUGACUGCUAUUCGGUUUGUGCCGUGUCCUGCAGAAUGAAAAUGCAUUUUUGUUUUAACUCCAGCCACUCUUUGAUCUGCCGUGGCAUUGCCAGGGGGAUGGGUCAGAUCCCAACACUACCUAAGUGUGUCGCUUUAAGAAUCCUCCAGGAGUUUCCAAACUGGGAUUGCACACUAGCCCAAAGGACUGUCCCUCUCCUUCUGUAUGGAUGUAAGGUUGACAAAACAAAGUCGAGGAGGCAAAUCUGGAGGCAUAAUUUCGAGCCCCUUUCUCUGACGCAACAUUAGAAAAGUUUGCUCUGAAGUGGUCUCUUCUGAUACAGAAUGCUAUGGAGCUGACAUUCCUUGGCAGAGGGAGGGAGAUCCAUAAGCAGACUCGCCUCUCACUGCACACCGGAUAGUCACAGAUAUAUUCAAAAGUACGUCAGUGCUACUUUCCAGGUUGAAGCUAGCAAUAUAUUGACCAUUGAAAAUUCAGGUUAGCCAGGGCUUUUUUUCUAGGAAAAGAGGUGGUGGAACUCAGGACCGCACAAUGACGUCACUUUGGGUCAGCUGGAACAAGGGGGGAGUUUUUCAAAGCUUAAAUCACCCUCGGCGAAAAUGGUCACUUGGCCGGUGGCCUCACCCCCUGAUCUCCAGACAGAGGGGAGUU